UAUUUGUUACUAUAUACGUGAUUUUUUUAUCUGUGUGGAAUGUGUCCCUUGCGAUGUCUCGGGCUGUUCGUCUUUCAGUUCCUUGUCCUGUUCGACUUGGUACCUUAAGAAAUGACUCCUUGGAAGCUCAACUUCAUGAGUAUGUCAAACAAGGCAACUAUGUGAAGGUAAAGAAAAUUCUCAAGAAAGGAAUUUAUGUUGAUGCAGUUAAUUCCCUUGGGCAAACAGCACUUUUUGUGGCUGCAUUAUUGGGCCUUACAAAAUUAGUUGAUGUUCUGGUGGAUUAUGGCUCAGAUCCAAAUCAGUAAGUACAGUAGCAUGAAUACAUAGAUAUUAAUGAGGUGUUGUCCAUGGUUCCCUUCUCACCCGCCUGCUUCCCCAAUAGAAUUAGUGGCAUCCCAGACCUGUUCUCAUCCUCCCUCUCCCCUGAUGCUGGGGAACAA